CCACACAAUGAACUACUUGCUGCCGCCGCCAUGUUUACCUACCGAUUACGUUUCAAGGGGUAAUCAAGGCUAAAAUUUCGACCCUUUUGUGGAUGGUGUGCUGAAGAAUUGAUCUGGAUUUCUUGCUUGAUAUACAGCACAGAGGCAUCAACAUUUUUAAUUGAAUAAAUGAAACUGUCAUGGCAAGCAGACUGCGAACGAAGAAAGGCAUUUCUUCAUCGAUUUCUGUAACCAAGUCUGGAGAUUCAUUGCUGAACCAUAAGGAGCCAACCAAUCAGAAGGAUGAUCCCAGUACAGAGCCUGUAAAAGAGUCUAGAAAGAGGGCCGCAAGCCAGAAGGCCGCGAAAGAGGGCAGCAGUCAGGUGAAGCAAAAAGCUGUUAGCCUCAAGACUCCCGAGUCGAAGGUGAAGCCUGGCAAGGGGACCGAAGAUGCUGGCACGCGGGACAAGACCAAACCUGCAUCGCAGCCAGAGAAGCCAGCAAGUGGACCUCCUGAUAAGAAGCCAAAAGAUCGGCUCUCUACUCGAUCAGUGACUACCCGAAGCGCUGCAUCAUCGCAAAACUCGAAACCACCAGCAGCUCAGAUGGAAAGUGAGAACGGAGGGAAACAAAAUACUAUACCUGUGAACAUUAGUAAGAAGUCUGUGAUUCGCAUUACCAGGAACACCGAGACACAGAUCAACGAUAGUCUCAAAGGUACAAAAGGAAGUAAAACCAAAAAUGAGAAGAAACCUGAUAGUGGGGAACAUCCAGAUAUUGUCAUGAAGAACAUGUCUGUGGUUGGUAAAUCAAAUGGCAAAACAAAAACUGAUGUUUCCAGCGACAACAAUGCUAAAACAAGAACUGCCAAGAAACUCUCUGCUCUCCAUUCAAUACCUGUCCCACCAAUGAAACCAAGUACAGACCUGAAGACAUCCUCUGCUGCACCAAGUAUUGGUUCUAAAAGUGGUUCUACUACCAACAGUCAAUCAAACCUGAAACAUUCUGAGAAGGGUAGUAUGGGAAUCACUGCUGUUAAUAAAGAUAUCAGUUUGAGUAUGGCUACUCUUUCAGCCAAAGAUAUUCCUUUGCCAGAAAAUCCCUCUCCCUCUCCCAAAACCUCUGUUGCCAUUACCCCCAAAGCUCCUGUCACAACUGCUCCCAAACUCACUUUUCCAAGUGCUACUAAAACAUCAGUUCCCAGUGCUACUAAAACAUCAGUUCUCAAUGUUCUUAAAAUCCCUGUACCUGCUGCACCAAAAAUCACUAUUCCCAUUACUCCUAAAGCCUCUGUAGCAGUUGCUCCUAAAGUCUCUGCCAUGGUUCUAAAAAACACCAAUCCUGUUGCUCCUAAGAUUUCUGCCCCCAUUGUUCCUAAGGCCACUGUUCCUAAGGCCAUUGUUCCUAAAGCCACUGUUCCUAAUGUUCCUAAAACAUCUGUUCCAUCUGUAGCAAAAAUUGAUGAUGCUGUUCAAAAGGAACCUACAGAAAACGAAGAGAGUAAGACAGAAGUAGCCCCAAUCGCAACAGAGGUUGUAGAGGAGAGUAUAGAAGAGGUCUAUAAAAGGCAUGAAACUGAAAGUUUUGCUGCCUUAGAGAAUGAAUUGAAAGAUGUUUCCUUCCCUGUAAAGCUUGGAAAUGUUGAAGAGGGUUAUUUGCCAAUACUUGCUAAAGAUUUUAAGAGAACUUUGUCUUGGCCCACAGAUAUGAUUACUCACACUCAGGUAACCCCUUCACUGGCGUAUAGUGUGAAUCCAUUGUCGUAUGAUUUCAAGAGUAUACUGGGUAAGGAUAAACAAAAAUCUAGUGAAAGUACAUUGAGAAAUGGGGAGCAUAAAUCAGACAAAGGAAAAAAGAGAAAGAGGAAAAGGAAGAAGAAGAAAAGGUCGAAGAGUCAUCAUACACAUGGUUCAGACUAUGAAUCAGAUGCAUCAGAUGGUGGCAGGAAGCAUAGAAGAAAGAAACACAGAAAAAAGAGUCAUCAUUCAUCCAAAGAUAGAGGACAUAAGAGAAGCCAUGAUAGUUCUGAUGACCAUUAUAAAUCGGGCCAUUCUAAGAGGAGGAAAAGCCGAUAUUCAGAUAGUGAGGACAGUUCUGAUGACGACAGGAGGCAUAGAAAAAGCUCCUACAGUGAUGAUGAUUAUCGUAAGUCCAGCAGCUCAAAACGAAGACACAGAUCUUCCAGCUACUCCUCUUACUCUGACAGGGAUGACAGAUCCUCUAGGAGGCAGCGUAGCUACCAUAGUGAUAGCUACAGUGAUGAAGAUAGAAGCAGAAGUAAAAGGUCCAGACAUUCCCGAAGUUUGUCAAGGUCUUCAAGAAGGCACAGACGUAGCUACUCCAGGUCAAGAAGCAGGUCACCUAAAGUAGAAAGGGGAAAAGGAGUUGUUCAGGAAAAGAUGAAGCAAGAUAUAAGUAAGAGCAAAGCUACUGAUCGUGCAGGUAGUUGUGGUGCUUUGAAGGAAUGGGUAAGAAAAGCCUUGAAAGAGAGCAAGGCUUCCGAUCCUACCCUGCAAUCUGAUCGACCCUCUACAUCAAUAUUAAGUAAAACAAAAGAAAAGAUUUCAGACUUGAUACAAACUCUUUCAAGUGUUGAAGAUAAGACACACGUUCCUGAGGGUAAAGGACUUAUCGUGAAACAAAGCAAGACUGGUAAAACACACAUCUCAGGAAAACCAAUUCCAGAUUCACCUCCUACACAAUCUAGGACAGAUGUAAAGCAGGAAGGUCAGAAAAUGCCAAGUAGUUGUGCUUUCCAGAAUAGCGAUUCAGAAAAUAGAGCAGGAGGAAGUGAAUCAAAUGAUGAUGCAUUCAAAAUUCCCAAUGUACCAGCUGUAAAAGAAGAAGAGGGAACCAAGGAUAAAUCUGAAGAUGAUGGUCUAGUGUCAAUUGCACCUGAAGAAAUGGAGAAAUAUAAACAAUUGGAGCAGCAAGCUAGAUUGCAUGUGCAGCAAAAAUUAAUGCAGGCCCAAGGUCAGGGAACGGGACAAUCCUCACAAACUGCUGUGGCUGUGGAGCAUCAACAGCUACUUGCCCAGGAGACAGCACUCCAACAGCAAGUAGAGACAAUUGUACAACCACAGUCUCUUGUACCACAGGCAACUCUAAUUCCCCAGCCGACUCUAGUUCCCCAACAAAGUCUGGUUCCCCGACCAACUCUGCUUCCUCAACAGGCCCUUGUGCCCCAGUCAGCACUUCUUCAACGGCAUAUGCUUGUUCAUAGGCCUGCUGUUCCUGGAAUGACACGGUUAAUGCCUCAAGCUGUAGGUAUUCCUAGACAAAUGUUAAUUCCUAGACAAGGGUUGAUUCCUAGACAAGGGUUUAUGCCGGGUACUAGGUUUAUAAGAACUCCUUCAGCAAAUUUGCAGCAAAUACAAGAUGCACAUGCAGCACAAGCAGCACAGUUGCAUGAUGCACAAAUGGAAGCACAGAUGGAAGCACAAGUGCAGGCUAUCCAAGAGAGCAAUGAAACUGCUGAGGAAAGUGACGAUCCAGAUAGACCUCCAGGAUUCAUUGGUCCCAUACAUCCUGGACUUGCCUCUCAAGAAGUGCCUAGAGAGCAGGAGCAGCAGGGUGAAGCAGAUGUCAGACCUCCUUCUCGUUCUUCUUCACUGCAAUCAGGUCACCAUGUAAUGUCACCACAUUCUAAUAUGUCUCCACAUUUACUUGCUGCAGAAGCACACAACCCUCAUAUGACACUUCUCCAAAUGCCAAUGGUACGUCCCAAUACACCUGUUCCUAUGUCAAGUCCAAUGGGAAUGCAGCUCGUUCGUGUUCAGACUCCACCAAGCUCUUCUAUUUCCCCAAUGCAACUUGUUCAUGUUCCUGGCCAGGGGAUUGUACAGCUGCAAGGAGGAGUUCCCAUGCAAGGAGGAGUUCCCAUGCAAGGAGGAGUUCCCAUGCAAGGAGGAGUGCCCAUGCAAGCAGGAAUGCCCAUGCAAGCAGGCGUAGCUGGUAUACAAGGUAUGCAGGGUGUGCGGUUAAUUAGUCCAGCCAGUAUGCCUGGUGCAAUGCCUGGUGCUCCUGGCACAAUCAGAGCAAUGACACCGGCUGGUUUGAGGUAUGUUACACCUGAAAUGCUGCAAGCAGGGACAGUAAAUAUGGCUGGCGUGAGACCUGGGAUGUCACUAUCAGAUGCACUACAGAUGCAAGCUUUAACAUCUUCUGCGAUACAAGGUAGCUCUCCAAUGGGUGCUUUGCAACCAAGAUUUGUUACUUCAAUGGCACCACGUGGAAUGAUACCUGGUGCUGCUUCUAUGGAGGGACUGCAAGCAAUGGUACCAGGGCCUAUACCAGGUACACUAGUACCUGCAAGUGCCCUAUCAGGAGCUGCAUUACAGGGUGGAGCAAUUCCAGCAGGUGCUAUCCAUGCUGGUGGAAUUCCUGUAUCAGCAAUUCAAACUGGUGCAAUUGCAGGGGGAGCAAUUCCAUCAGGCCUUUCAGGAGCAGCAAUCCAAGCAAUUCCAGCAGGGGCGAUUCCGGCAGGGGCGAUUCCGGCAGGGGCAAUUCCGGCAGGGGCAAUUCCAGCAGGGGCAUUUGCUGGUGGAGCAUUCCCUGGAGGUGCUAUAUCUGCAGAGGCACUUGCAGGAGCUGUUCCAUCAGGUUUGGUGCCAAGAGGAGCUCUUCCAUCAGCUGCACUGCCAGGGGCACUGCAAGGAAUACAAUUUGCAAGAAUGCCUGGUGCUUUGCCUGUUGGAGCAGUUCCUAACAGAUCUGUUCCACCUGGUAUGGUUCCACGUGCUGCUCCUGUUAUGGUAAGAUUCCCAGGACCACAAUUGCAGGGCAUUCAUCCUGGACAAAGAUUAGUUGGUAGUCGUCCAGGUUUUCCCUUUCCAGUUAUGCAACAGAUGGAGUCGCCUCAAAUCUCGGUGCAGGGAGGGGUAAGGUUUUCGCCUUCACCUGUUCAAAUUAUGCAACAGAGGGAGUCGCCUCAAAUCUCUUUGCAGGGAGGGGUAAGGUUUUCGCCUUCACCUGUCUCAGUUAUGCAACAGAGGGAGUCGCCUCAAAUCUCUGUGCAGGGAGGGGGAAGGUUUUCGCCGUCACCCGUUCCAGUUACGCAAGAAAGGGAGUCGCCUCAAAACUCUGUGCAGGGAGGGAUAAGGUUUUCGCCUUCACCCGUUCCAGCCACUUCUGCAGAGUCGUCUUCACAAGCAGCUAGUCAGCCAAUAGCCUGUACACCUUCCCAGAAUAACGUUUCUGAGAGUCCAGCUGUUUCACCCCUACCGUUUGUGCAAUCUAGCAAUUACCCAGAAAGCAGUAAUAAGAAAUCACCAAGAAGUACUCCAAUAUCUGAAAAUCCUGAUAAUCAAAGCCCUAGACCUAUGGUACCGAUUUCAAUUAGUAUCGGAGGAGUGCCUGUGAGUGUUGAAAUACCAAUGCCAGCUGAUGGUGUCAUUCAUCAUCAAUCUCCAUCACCUGUACCUUCUCAAAGAAGUGCUUCUCCUGCUCUGUCCGACACUAGUUCAAACAUGCUAUCACAUAGACCUCCAAGACCAUCCAUGAUGAGGCCACCAAGAUUUCAAGGGCCAGGCAUCCCUUUUGCCAUGAGAGGUGGAAUGGAACAGAUGAUUAGACCUCAAAUGCGGGGUGCCAUGGAACAGAUGAUUAGACCUCAAAUGAGAGGUGCUAUGGAACAGAUGAUUAGAACUCCCAUGGGAGGUGCUAUGGGAGGUGCUAUGGAACAAAUGAUUAGACCUCAAAUGAGAGGUGCUAUGGAACAGUUGAUUAGAACUCCCAUGGGAGGUGCUAUGGGAGGUGCUAUGGAACAGAUGAUUAGAACUCCCAUGGGAGGUGCUAUGGAACAAAUGAUUAGACCUCAAAUGAGAGGUGCUAUGGAACAGAUGAUUAGAACUCCCAUGGGAGGUGCUAUGGAACAGGUGAUAAGAACUCCCAUGGGAGGUGCUAUGGAGCAAAUGAUUAGAACUCCCAUGGGAGGUGCUAUAGAACAGAUGAUUAGAACUCCCGUGAGAGCUAUGACACCCGAUGCAGUUAUGAGAUCAGGUAUACCAAGUCCGAGACCAGAACUACCAGAAAUGGGACAAAUCCCGAUGCGAGUCCCUGGAAUGCCUCAAGGAAUGCGUCUGCCGGUACCCGUUAGUAUGCAAGAAGAGUUGCGAGGUGCAAUGCAAUUUCCUCAAGGUGCUGUCCGCUUACCCCAGGGUGUAGUCCGCUUACCCCCUGGUGCAGUCCGCCUUCCAACAGGUGCUGUUCCUCGGGGAGCAGUACGUUUCCCUCCAGGUGUCGUCCCACAAGGUACAGUUCCUCAGCCACAAGGCGGUAUCCCGCCAGGUGCAUUUCGUCUGCCUCAGGGUGCCAUUCCACAAGGCGCAGUUCAUCUGAGACCUGGCCUUAUGCCUCGGGGUGCAGCCUCUCAUGGUGCAAUACGCUUGCCUCCUGGUGCAGUUCGCUUGCCUCCAGGUGCAGUACCACCAGGCGCCGUUCGUAUGGUUCCUGGCGCCCUUCGUCCUCCAUCGGGUGCAUUACCUCCAGGAGCUAUGCCUGCUGGUGCAUUGCGUCUUCCACCAGGUCAUGGGUUCCCACCCGGUGGUCCUAGAAUGCCAUUCCCUGCUGCUGCUCUCAUGGGAAAGCCUCUUAUCAAGCCAAACAACCCUAGAUUCCCUUAGAUAUUUUCAAGAGUUGAUGGAUUUCUAGUUAACAAAGCAAGGUGGUAAUGGAGUAUGCCACUUCAUGUGUGCUUGAGAUUCAUCUCUAGUGCUGCACUGUAAGUGCAAUUACUUGAAUCUAUUUGGUAUAGAUGUGUGAUAAUUUCCCUCCUAAUUUGGUAUAGCAUGCAAAAUGUGAGUUUGAUUUGUCUCUAUUUGUCUCAAGAUCUUGAAUCUUGAAUCUUGUGUACAUGUCAUUUGGCAUGUAGUACUGAUCAUCAUGUGUUGUGGGCUUUAAGAUUCAUACGAUUGUAUUUGGAGAGGGUUUAUUUGCAGAAGUAGUCAUAUUUUGACUUCAUUUAUAAUUAUUGUAUAGUAGCUUUAGUUCAUUAUAACAUACAUGUAUGUACAUACUAUUUUGAAAGUGCAAUGGUGUGUGAACAGCUGGGUCAUAGUAAAGAUACAAUAUUAUCGGGCUUGUGUGCAACGCAAGCCAUUAUUGUAUACGUGCCAUAAUUUUUGUUCAAAUAUUUUUACUAUGAUGAUUUGUGUGACUUUCUGGUUAAAGGGGAUUCAUGUAUGUUUAUGGUAGUGUAGAAUGCUUGCAGACACAUAGUCAGAAGAUCUGUUAAAUACACACUUAAAAUGCCAUGAAGUACAUGUACUAAAUAUCCAAUAACUUCUCCCUCACGUUAAAUUCUGUGAAUGUAUGUCUUUUGGCUAAUAUUUGAAAAGAAUGUUUAACUUUAAUACAUGGUCAUGCGGUACUACAUCUGUUUUGCCCAUAAAAGCAGGUUUGUGUUUGAUCACAAAAGUGAAAUUGGGUAGAAAUAUUGAACACCUAAUAAUAUCUAAAAAUGGAAUCUCCUAAAUACGAUAUUCACCAAGUCCUACAGUAUUUACAUGGAAUGCUACAACUACAAAUGAACAGUGUUUACCAUACAAAUUUGAAGAACAUGUGAAUUAUGCUUUACAAAAAUGAGCAAAGAAUUAUGAGAACACUGGGUUUGUUAAGACUACCAUGCAGUCGUGUUUUUCUGUUCUCAUGGUUACAAGCAACUAUUUCUUCAGUUCCGUAUCCAAACGAUUUCUAAAAACAUUGAGGGAUUCAUAAGUCUAAACGAUAAAGGGUUCCUUACAGAACUCACUAAAACACUGAAAGAGGAGCACAUGAAUGUAUCGAUAAAGCAGAAAUCAUUUAUAUCUUUGUAGGAAUCUCUUCAAUUACCUCUAAAAUAUGCCCCCAAUUCUACCCAUGCUUACUUGUGUUUUUAUAUUAAUCAGAACUGUUGAUAGACAGAGUAUGUCUUCUCCUUUUGGAGGAAGACAAGUUGUAGAUUUCUUUUUUAAAAAAAAGGUGUUACAAAUCAUGUGACAGUACUAAAAAUUAGUCCUGAAUAUUAAAGAUCACAUAUUGUGAUAUUCUUUAUUUGCAAUGCUGUGAGGUUAAAUACUUUGUAAAUCGGGUGAUUUUUAUAAAAUAAUUUCAAUGUCUCAUUUAAUUUUGUGUAAAUUAUGUUCUAUCAAAGCACUUUUAUGAAAUUUACUCAGAACAUACCUGUUACAAGAAGAUCAGCCGAGAAAAAAAAAGAUUUUGGAUGUAGCUAGUAUUUUAUUAAUGGUAUACAUUUAAAACUAAACUAAAUAACAGGACUGACUUGUGUAAUGUUGUAUUAUUCUGAAGUCAUCUGAAACUUUAAACAUUGGUACAGCAAUACUACAGCAUACUACCAUUCAAAGUCCAUGAAAAAUUGAUUUCCUGCUUCUGGUUGUUUGUCAGUUUAAUAAUGAGAUUAAAGAACUUAUACAUAUACAUUUUUCUUUACUCUCGAGUGAUAAAUUAUAGAUAAACAUUUACUUUCUACUCCUUUUGAUCAAUGCAUUGUGCUUAUUAAAUUUGAUGUACAGUAUUUACCUUUUAAUUUAAUCAAGAUUUUAAGUGUUGAAAGUGGUCUCUAUGUACAUGUAGAUGUGAUUCUGAUUGUGCAACGUCACAGUAUUGCAAUUGUAUUGUGUAUGACAUUGUAACAAGUCAUAACUAAGUAUGGCUGCACAUUUUUUCUUAUAAUGUGAAGCAAGUGAAUUUAUUUUGAAUAUUCAUUAUUGAAAUUCUGAUUUCCUUUAUUUUUUUUCAGCUUGCUUCAGUUAUAUUUAAGUACAUGUAGAGUAAUCUUGUAACAGACUUUGGCUUACGUUCCAGCUGAUAAUAAGCACAUAACGGCAACAGAAGCUAAUUUUUUUCCCCUUUCACAGUUUGUGGUAACUUGUAAACUAGAGUUCCAGAUUUUAGUUUAUAUCAUGGAAUAAAAUGUUUGAACUUAUACAGCAAUAAAGAUGUUAGCCACUGAAGAGAA